AUGUUGCGCGAGAUACACUCGUUUGGUGCUAUGGCGAGCAAUAACAAAUACUUAGUUAAUUCACAACCGUUUUCAACUGGAUUUAUAAAUUUUAUGAUGGGUAACUAUGAUGAAUCACCGGAGCUGCCGUUGUCACCUGAGCAAGUUACCCCACACCGAAACUCUGUACUAAUGAAAAAAUAUAUGGAAGAAAAAGAAAACCAGAAUGAGUUCUGGGACAAGAAUAUUGACAAAAAAUACAAAUUCAUGUCAAUAAUCGGACGAGGAACUUACGGUAUAGUGAGAAAAGCAUAUAAUAUACUUAAUCAAGAUAUAGUUGCUGUCAAAGAAAUUAUUUAUCUCAAUAGAACAGAAGGAUUUCCGAUCACUGCUUUAAGAGAAGUUCAAAUAUUACAAAAAUUAAGACAUGAAAAUAUCGUCAGAUUGAUUGAAAUUUGUUAUACUGAAGGGAAAAAAGCAAAUAAUUAUCGAACAACAUUUCAUUUGGUACUUGAAUUCUGUGAAUAUGAACUAGCUAGGUUACUUGGUAUUAAAAAUGCAAAAUUUGAAUUAUCCGAGAUUAAAGAACUUACUCGUCAAUUGCUCAAUGGUCUGUUCUACAUGCACACAAAUAAGAUUAUACACCGUGACAUGAAAACAUCAAAUAUAUUGGUUACAAAAGAAGGAAUUCUGAAAAUAGCAGACUUUGGUCUAUCCCGUUCAUUUACUAUACCGACAAAAGAUAAGCCCAAUAAAUUUACUAAUUGUGUAGUAACACUCUGGUAUCGCGCUCCUGAGUUGCUGCUUGGUGAACGUAAUUACGGACCGGCUAUAGAUAUUUGGGGAGCUGGCUGCAUUAUUGCUGAAUUGUUUACUUAUUAUCCAAUAAUGAGGGGUACUUCGGAGGCACAUCAAUUAAAAUGUAUAUCAUUUAUACGUGGGAAAAUAACCCCAGAAGUUUGGCCGAAGGUUGUGAACUACGAUUUAUAUAAAAAUAUGGAACUACCAAAAAAUAAUGAUGGAAGGGAAUGGAAGAUCGUUACGGAUCGUAUUUCGGACGUGCAAGCAUGCGAUCUUCUUGAAAAAUUACUUUAUCUAGAUCCGGAAAAGAGAUGUGAUGCCAACACAGCUUUAGACCAUGACUUUUUCUGGACAGAUCCCAUGCCAACUAAAGUCAAAAUGUCAAAAUUUCUAACAUCCAAUUAUGAGUGCAGUAUCACUCAACGUGUUCACAAAAAUCGACCAAUCGUCAAACAGGCAGCCCAAAAAUCUAUAAACAAUGGUGUUUCAACCACGGGCUAUCCAGAUCGUAUUUUCUAA